AUUGUUGUUAACAGAAAGACAGAAACUGAGAGAGACUGUGAUCAGAGCAGACUGAACAGCAGACGCAGAACUGUCAAGACUCCUCAUCCUCGGUUGCUGCUGUAUCCUCUGUAGGAUGGCCAGUGAAGACUUCUACAGCUCAGUAGUCUUCCCAGAGAAGAAUCAGCAACCAAAAAGCCGGAUACCACCAGGACGAAAAGAUAAUGUCAUUUAUGCAGAAGUAAAACUUAAAAAUCGUCCAGGUCAACCGGUGGAAGAAACAGACUCUGACACAGAUGCAGAAGAGAUACGGACAGAUGAUUCUCAGUAUACAAAUUACAUGAUGAUAGACUGGAAUCUAGUAGAAGACGUCAAGCAGCCGUGUGGGGAAACACCUGUUGUACCUCCUGUUAAUGAAAAAAAGAAGAUCAAUUUGUUGACACCCUUGCUGAUGUUUCAUUGUGCUUUAUUGUUAGCUGCCUUCAUCUCUCUGAUAGUGUACUAUGUAAUUAGCCACAAGUAUACAGCAAAAGAACAGAAACUACAACAUAAUCUUUCUACUGCUGAAAACAAGUCAAUGCGUUUACAAGCAGACCUCAACAUUAUGCAACUGCAGCUGUCAGAUCUGCAGAAUCAGGCCUCAGCACUUAACUGGAGCUGUAAUGAGUUACGCUUUCAGAACAGAGAACUAAAACAGAACCAGAGUGAGCUGCAGAACAAGACCAGGGAAAUGAGAGAGAAACAAACAGCGCUGUUGUUUGAGAACGCAAAAUUGAAAUCAAACCAAAGUGAACAGCAGAAGCAGUACCAAGAACUAAAAGACAACCAAAGUGAGCUGACAAAAACACAGAGUGUACUGCUUGCAAAAUACCAGCAGCUAAAUGACAAUCACAGCAAAUUAACUGCAGAUUUCAAUGAAUACUGUCCUAUUAAAGAUAAGGAAAGAAGGUGUCACAUCUGCCCAGACCAAUGGUUUUAUUUCAAAUCAAAAUGUUACUUUUUCACCACUGAAGCACAGAACUGGCACUCUAGCUGUAAAUACUGCCGUGCAUUGAAAGCAGAACUGGUGAUUAUCAAGAGUAAAGAGGAACAGACAUUCUUAAUAGAUAAGAUAAAAACAUUGAAAAAACAUGAAGACAAAUCCUAUUGGAUUGGACUAACUGAUGAGAAAACAGAAGGUCAAUUUCAGUGGGUGGACAACAGCCCUCUGGACCAGGAAAUGGCAAAAGACUUCUGGGGACUAAGAGGGCAUGAUAAGGGCAAAGAGCCGGACAACUGGGAAGGAAAAAAUCAGAAAGGGGAAGACUGUGUGACGAUACAAGUUCACGCUUCUCAUGGUUGGUAUGAUUCAAAUUGUAAAGAUCAGACAAAUAUGAUCUGUGAAGCAGAUUCUACACAGUAUGUAGAUGCGCCAAGGGCCAAAAGCUUCCAAAUGGAGUAGUGUUACACAGAGUCUCCAAAAUAUGACUUUACCUGGCAAAUAAUCCAUUCAUCAAGCUGGCAUUUCUGACUACUGGAGUAACAGCAUUCAGUGCUCCAUGAAGCAGGCUGUGCAAACUAAGAGAUGAACUUACAAAAUAAUAAACCUUUGAUUUCACUGCUGUCUUUGAAUGUGUCAACCACAGCAUCCUCCAAAUACGCCUAAAGGACUUUUCUACAAAAUGCUUCUCCUUCAUUGUGCUCCUUCUCCAGUUGCAUAUAGCGUGUUGCCCUUGGUGAAGCCUCUCUGUUCUUAUGUCUCACCAGAUUCGAUGCUGUUCUUUAUCUAAAAAAUGUCUCUGGGCUACUCAGAUUCUCCUUUUCUGUUCAUAUGUGAACAUCACUCUUACACCAAAAUUCAAAGACUGACAGCCUCACUGCCUGAACUUCAACCUCAGUGCCUAUUUGCUUGCUAUCUUCCUAUCUAAUAUCCUAGUGAAAGACAAAUGUCUUCUGGAUCUUCUGUUUAACUCACAAAGUCUAAAACUUUCUCUGUAGAAGCCAACCUUUGCAAAUUUAGCUUUUGUGUCAUUCUUGACAAAACAUUUAAUUUUGUUGCAUCUCAGCUGUAGUCAAUGUCACUUUCUGUCACCUACAAUAUACAAUUGGAGUUCAACUCUUCCUCUUCUUCUCCACUAAUGCAAAAAUAUCACCAUAAUUGCCUCUCAGUGGAUUACUGGAGUGCAUUUCGAUGGACAAAGCACCUGAAGCUUGUGACUGGGGAUGUUAUACAAAUUACUUUAAACAAUUUAUAAGUGAUUUAGAAUUAUUUUCAACUGCAUUCGUUAAAAAACAGGGUGAAGUGGGAGUUGUUCAUUCCUCCAGCCAUCUGUUUAUCUAAUUCAGGGUCAUGAGAAGGCAGUUCUAAGUGUAAGGUUAAUGGAAAGCUAGUCCUGUGGACAAUUCUCUUUUUAUGUUUCUUUUCUUGAGUUCUUGAGUCUUUUUUUAGAAAUGGAGAUUUCAGUGGUUAAAAAUAUGUAACAGGAUCUAAAAUGUUUGAAACCAGUAGUUUGAAAUAAUCCUUUGAAAUUAGCUUUUAUUUGUAUUUUAUGUGUUUUUAUCACAAUCGUCUGCUUCUUUAACGUGCAAAGAUUUACCGUUAUUAUCUUAUAUAUUGAUGGAGUGGUGGUGGAUGCUUUCCAUCUGAAUUUCAAAUUGAAAUAUGUAUUUAGGAAUUUCUAAAGUAACCCUCAACAAUUCCAAGUUCCUGCUUUCUAAUCUUUUGGCUAUGGUACUUGUUUUGUGCCAUCUGUAAAGUUUGCAUGAUCUCUCCUGUCUGCACUGGUUUCACAUUUUUGGCCUCUCCUGCUUGAAUGUCUUUUGUUAACAACACAGUUUUUGUGCAAAGACAUGUCUCUUGUUCACAAUAUGAAAAAGACAAUUUUGUUUUUGCUUAUUCUUUAUAUACAGUUUGAAAAUAGAAUGGUACUUUUUAAGGAUUUCUCUCUUUCUGACUUGUUUUUGUAGAGCAUUAACAUUUUAAACCGUUAGACUAUUUCUACUCUGUUUGACUAAUGUUUGCAUCUGGAACAUAAUUAAUGCAAAUAAUGUUGUUGUGACUGGUAAUAAAUAAUUCAAACAUCACA